AUGAUAAUCGGGCAAACGACGACGCGAGGGCUGCGGCCCGGCUGGGACCCCGCAGGGCGAAGGGCAGUGUCUGGCUCCCUGCUUAGUCCCCCUCCCGGAGCUCCCGAGACCAAUGUCAAGGUAAACCAAGUGCUGGCCACGACGGACGGACGGACGUGGCGACGCCCUGGGAGGCGCGCACAGGUUCCCAGCCCGCGGGAGCGCGGGUGUCCCCCCCGGGCCGCUUCCGUUUGGCGCCUCGGCCCCUCCUCCGCGGCUUGCCCUGCCCCCACGGCGGCGGCCGGCCCCGGGGAAAGCAACCGGCGCCUAAGCUCUAAUAUGAGAGGUGCCAGAGACUCCCUAGACUCUGAGACCAUCCAGGCUGAGGAGCUGGGGCCACCACACCUAAGGCAGCAACAGGCCCCACUACUCCCCUGCCUGGGGCCACUGGUGGGCAGGCUGCUGGGGCCCGCCCUCCUCCCCGAGGGGGCGGAGGCCAUCUCUGUGCACAGGCCCAGGGCUGGGAGCCCCUUGGAAAGCCGGCUGGACAUGCCACAGGGCCAGCUGAGGCUGGGUGCAUUCCCCAUGGGGCCUGAGGAGAAGGGCCGGUGUUGCCACCACAGCCUGGAGCUGAGCCUCCCUCGGAGCCGCUGGUGUUGGGACAGCGUGGAUGGGCAGAUUCUGGGCCAGCUGCACACCCUGUAUGAUGAGGAGGAGGAAGAAGAGGAGGAGGAGGAGGGGGUGGAGGGGGCCGAGGCCACCCUGGGGCCUGCCUUCCCCAGGAUGGGCUCUGAGGAGCUGCGGCUGGCCUCUUUCCACGACUGGCCUGUGUCGUCCUCAAUCUGUCCCAUGCAGCUGGCCGAGGCCGGCUUCUUCCAUACGGGACCCCAAGACAAGGUGAGGUGCUUCUUCUGCUCUGGGGGUUUGCAGAGGUGGGAGCCUGGGGAUGACCCCUGGACUGAGCAUGCCAAGUGGUUCCCCAGGUGUGAAUUUCUGCUGCAGUCCAAGGGCAGGGACUUUGUCCAGAGCAUCCAGGCCUCCUGCCUGCUUGAGUCCUGGGACCCUCUAGAAGAACCCGGAGAGGCUGCUAUCGAUGUUCCUGAACGUGCCACAAGCACAGAGGAACAGCUGCAGCGCCUGCAGCAGGAGCGAACCUGCAAGGUGUGCCUGGACCGCACGGUGGGCGUGGUCUUUGCCCCUUGUGGUCACCUGGUCUGCACCGAGUGUGCCCCCAACCUGCGCGUGUGCCCCAUCUGCCGGGCGCCCAUCAGCAGCUGUAUCCGCACCUUCCUAUCCUAG